AUGGCUACCGAAGGAGGGGGAGCCAAGCCUGUCACCCAGUCCAGGAUGGAGAACUUCCGAAAGGUGAGGACCUCGGAGGAGGAGAGCCCCUUGCCCUUCCCCGACCUGCCCCCAGAUGUGGUGGAGAUGAAAGUGAAGGAGGGCAGCAAGAUCAGGAAUCUGAUGAACUUCGCCAUGGCCCAGAUGGAGCUGAAGGGCAGCCGGCAGAUCGUCUUCAGCGGUUGCGGCAGGGCGGUCACCAAGACCAUCACUUGCGUUGAGAUCAAUCCCAACCAGACGGGCUACCAGCCCCCGGAGCCCUGGCAUGGGCUGGGGACGCAGCUCGGUGAGGCAGGAGAAGACACGUCCAGCUCCUCCACCAAGGGGCUGAAGCGGCCCCUGCCACCUCCCCGUGAGGAGCUGCUGACCAAGAAGCUGCAGGUACAGGUACCCGACAGCCCGGGACCCCCAGCCGGCCCACCACCACUGCCCCCCCCCCCUCCCGCCCCGACCAGCC